AUGGCCUCCAAGCAAUGGAGUAACUUCCACGUGGGAAGAGAGUGUGGCCACCAGAAGUGGUCUCGAAAGAACACUCCCAAAUUGACCGUCUCCUCAGGCGAGACAGUCUCCUUCGACGCCAUCGACAGCAGCAAUGGCCAACUGGACACAACAUCCCAGGCCUCCGCCAUCAGCACCCUGGAUCUAGGCCUCGCCAACCCAGUCUUCGGCCCGAUCUACGUCAACGACGCCCAACCCGGCGACGUCCUGAAAGUCGAAGUCCUCAGCCUCGAAGUCGCCGACUGGGGUUGGUCCGCCAUCAUCCCAGGCUUCGGACUGCUGGCAGACGAAUAUCCAGAGCCAGAGAUCAAGAUCUGGUCGCUGAACCGCGAAGCAGGCUUCGCCCAGUUCAAGGACAUGCGCAUCCCCCUCCGCCCCUUCCUCGGCUGCAUGGGCCUCGCCCCGGCCGGUGAUGAAGAGCUCUCCACCGUCCCGCCCACCAACGCCGGCGGCAACAUGGACUGCCGCGAGCUGAGUGUCGGCUCAACCGUCUACCUGCCCGUACAGACCGCCGGCGCACUGUUCAGCUGUGGCGACGGACAUGCCGCGCAGGGCCACGGCGAGGUCUGCGGCACCGCGAUCGAAACCCCCAUCCGGGCAACGCUCCGCUUCGAGCUCGUCAAGAACCAGCCCUGGAUGACCGCUCCUCAGUUCCAGACUCCGCCUCGUGCGCAAAUACCGAACCCCCUCCCCGACCUCGGAACCUACGGCGCUCUUGGUGUUGCUCCCGACCUGUAUGAGGCUACCCGCAGUGCUACUCGCAACCUUAUUACGUGGCUGGUGCAGACUAAAGGUCUUACUCGCAGCGAGGCAUACAUCCUUGCCAGUGUUGCUGGUGAUCUGCAAAUUGCAGAGGUGGUUAACGUGCCUAAUUUCGAAGUGGCUAUGACCUUGCCAUUGGGUAUUUUCACUUAA